GUAGGCACAUCUUUUCUUCCUUCGUCCACUGCCAGUUCGUCACGAUCAUCGCCUCCUCCGGUGGCUUCAGGGGACAUGAACGGCUCCGACCACGACAACGAGGCCUUCCCGAUGGCCGCCGACGAACAGCCACACCAAGACUCUGCGGUCCUUUCGCCGUCCCACGGGCCACUUCUCGCGAACUUGUUUCUGAUGACACAAAUUGCUGUGUAUGAAGACAAUGUUACCGACGACGAUGAGAGGGGCGGUGGCUUCGGCGCCGUCCCGGCCUCGGAGAAGGAGAUCGCGGGAUUCGCACAGGCGGCCGUGGGGGAUACGAGGGAGGAGGAGUGCGUCGUGUGCUUGGAAAGUUUCAAGGAAGGUGACGACAUCAGGAAGUUGCCGUGCUCCCAUGGCUUCCACAACAGCUGCAUCUCCGAUUGGCUACGGGUCAGCUGCCUCUGCCCGCAAUGCCGCUUCGCGCUGCCGGCCGAUGACGAGUGGUCCAAGCCCAAGACCGAGUUUGAGCAUAGCGCUACCGACUAUGAUGGGUAUGAGAACGAUGCAGGCCCUGCUGCUACUGAUGACGACGACGACGACAACCACGAUGACGAUGACCAUGAUCAUGAGACUCGUGUUUACUUGAUAAUUAAUGUAGGGCGGUCUAUUUGAUCCAAAAGGAUUUUUAUAGAGAUUUUGGGGAUUAAAAUCCACAUAAAAUUUCUUUCUAGAUUGUUUGAUUUGUACAUGAUUGAGUCAUUUUUGCGUAUUACUUUGUACUACA